AUGCACCAUUCUUACACAUUUACAUUGCCCUCUCCUUGGGCCUGCUCUUCUCCCUGGCCCUGCUCCUCUCACUGCACCUGCACCUCUCACAUCACCUCUCACUGCUCCUGCACCUCUCACAUCACCUCUCACUGCUCCUGCACCUCUCACUGCAUCUCUCACUGCUCCUGCACCUCUCACUACAUCUAUCACUGCUCCUGCACCUCUCACUGCAUCUCUCACUGCUCUUGCACCUCUCACUGCACCUGCACCUCUUACUGCACCUCUGACUGCAUCUCUCACUGGGCCUGCUCUUCUGCCUGGGCCCCUUGCUCUUACUCUUCCUUUGUCCAGACAUUACAGUGUUUUUCUGUUCCUGUUUCCAAAAACAUCACGCCUCAAAGUCCUCAUUUUACAGUGUCACCCCGAUCCUGGGAAGGAAUAGGAGCGGACGUGUCUGGCCAAUCAUACGGACAUAAUACUGCAGUUCCAUCUACGUUCCCCUCUCAGGACAACACGGGCCGUGACCAGGCCAGCAGCAACCGUUUGGAAGUGGGUAAAGGUCAUCUUCCCUCUCACCAAGACCUUUCCUCACCAGAGCGGGAAGCUGUGGAGGAGUUGUGGCCCGGCAUUCGCAACAGACGGUACAGCGUGCCUCACAUCACCCUGGCUCCAGACACCCGGAGACGACCGAGGCAGCCAGCGAGCGAGCACCGGUCUCGAUGCAGCUUCACGGACCGCGUUCAGGCGAACAGAGACGCCAUCGCCCAAAAUGAAAACGGUAAGACUCCGCUUGUCAUUGUAACCUGCACUGCUUGCCACAUGUACAGUUUAGCUUCUUCCGUCAGCACAGAGGGGUUUACAUGUGUUAAGUGUAUUGAAGUAGUAAGGCUGACGGAGAAGGUUGCAGAACUAGAAGCGCACAUCCGAACGCUCGUUGAGGACAGUAAGACCGCUAAUGCUAAUGUUAAUGUUUCAAACACUGUUUUGGGUGCGCCUACGGUAACGCGUAGUACACAUAGCUCGGUUCCGGCAACUGAGUUAACACGGCCGACUAACUGGGUGACUGUCAGGCGGCGUAGUCAUAUUCGAUGCCCAUCGAAGUCCCCCCUAGUAAUUUCUAACAGAUUCGACAUUCUAAACAAUACACCGGCUGAGACAUCUGUUAAAGGUGCCCUUGUUAUUGGAGACUCGAUACUUAAGAACGUGAACAUUGAGGCACCAGCCACCAUAGUUGACUGUAUACCGGGAGCCAGAUCGUCAGACAUUAGAUCCAAACUUAAAGUACUGGCUAAUGCUAAGCGUAAGUUUUCUAAAAUUGUUAUUCAUGCCGGCGCAAAUGACACCAGACUCCGCCAGUCAGAGAUCACCAAAGAUACUAUUAAAGAGGUGUGUGAAAUUGCAAAAACAAUGUCAGAUAAUGUAAUUUGCUCUGGUCCCCUCCCCGCCUACCGGGGUGAUGAAACUUAUAGCAGAUUAGUGUCUCUUCACCACUGGAUGUCAAAAUGGUGCCCUCAGCAUAACGUAGGGUUUAUAGAUAAUUGGAAACACUUCAGGGGGAGACCUGACCUGCUAAAGAGAGAUGGCCUUCAUCCGUCAUCGGAAGGAAAUGCUAUACUCUCUAGAAAUCUGAACAAUACUCUAAAUUCUAAUACAGUCUGACUAGCCAGGGCCCAGGUCAGGAAACAGAUAGAUCGGCCUACCCGUCCAUCUGUUAGUUGCUCUGACAUGUCAAGAUCACAUAUAUCCCAGAACUUAGAGUCUAUCUUACCAGAGUAUCAACACAUUUCAACUGUGUGCGUUCCUCGAACAAACAAA